UUUAAAGCGAAUAAUUGCGAUAACAAAAAAAAACAAAAAAACGUGGACGGUUGCUUUGGAAUCAAAAUCGCUAGUAUUAACAAGACGUGAUAAAUUAACUUGUAGAAGUCUAUGGACAAUUUUGGGAAUAUAAAGCAAGAAGAAAUGAAGAAACAGAUUAAAUCGUCAGAUAUGGAGAAGCCAGUUGAAAUAGAGGCCAUGCUUGGCCAUGCUGAGGACGAAUACAACAGUGGCACAACUCCGAGGAGCAGAAUGUUGUUUUCAUCCACAUGUAGCACUUACAUGACUCUUUUAGGAUUUUCCAUCGGCAUGUCUGACUUUUGGAGGUUCCCAUUCCUCGCAUACAGAAAUGGUGGAGGUGCAUUUCUCAUACCUUUUGUUGUUAUGAUAGUGCUGUGUGGAUUUCCCCUUUAUUUCCUGGAAUACUCGGUUUCAAAGUUUUCCGGAAGAGGCCCGUACAGGAUCUGGGAUAUCUGUCCUAUGUUUCGAGGUAUCGGUAUAACCAUUGUCCUUGCGUACUCUCUCUGGAUGAUUGGUACCACCGUCCUGCGAUGUUGGAUCAUUGAUUUCCUCCUCAACUCCUUCCGGGAGACACUUCCAUGGACCCAUUGUGAUAACCCUUGGAACACCCUUACUUGCAGAGAUCUCGAAAACAGUUUUGAACUUGCUUCAAAUGUGUCUCAAAGUAUCACCAAUUCCUCUUUGUUUACGAGUAACGACACAUAUGUCACAGACAAUGCAAUGGCAAUUAAUUCCGGUUUGUCAGAUCAUCUUCUUUCGAAUGCAACUAUAUUUGACUCGAUGGCUAGUUUAGCGGAAGGAAUUGCGAGAAACUCGUCCACUUCAUCAGCGAUAAAACUCCUUGGAGCCAACAUGACUUCAGCUGAAGAGUUUUGGCAAUAUUAUGUUCUUGAGUUAUCGUCCGGGAUGUCCGACUUUUCCCAUAUUCAGUGGCGACAUGUCGGUACAUUGGUUAUCAUCAGAGUUGUUAUCUUUUGUGGCCUUAUAAAGAGCAUAAAAUCCAUAGAGAAGGUCAUAUACGUGACGGCGACAGUACCAUUCUUUUUGACAGUGGCCAUCUUCAUACGAUCACUGAUGCUGCCGGGAGCCGCCAACGGACUCAUUCAUUUUAUCUACCCAGAUUUCGAGAAGAUAAUGCAGCCAAGGGUGUGGAUCGAAGCAACAUUAAUGACGUUCUACACCCUUGGUUUCGGUUGGGGCGGGAACAUGCUCCUUGGUUCACAUGCACAUUUUAAGGAAAACAGUCUCAGAACGUCUAUCGUCUUACCCCUGUGUAAUAUGUUUAUGGCUGUGUUCAGUGGAAUGGUUUGUUUUUCUGUACUUGGCAACAUGGCUCACAGCUAUGGCGUUGAAAUCACAGAGGUCAUCAAUGCAGGUAUGUCCGUUGGCAUUGUGGCCUAUAUAACUGCCCUGUCUGCGCUGCCCUUCCCACAGAUAUGGACAGUCUGCUUUGUAGCAGCCAUAAUACUGACAGGGAUAGACGGACAGCUUGUGCCUAUGGACAUGUUGAUGCAAGUCCUUGGCGAUCUCUUCCCAAAAUUGAGGAGAAUUCCGACAUUAAUCGUGGUCGGGCUUGUAUUCUUCAUGUUUUCGUUGCCGACCUGCACUGGGGCUGGGGCGUAUAUAUUUUUGUGGAUGGAUUGGUACAACGGAGCGUGGAUCGGCCCGAUAGUUGCCUUUGUUGAACUGGUGACAAUUGCUUGGAUUUACGGAAUGGAUCGUUUCAACGAGGAUGUCCAGAUGAUGAUAGGCAGAGAUGUUCCUAUGGUUCUUCGAAUACUUGCAGCUUUUAUCGCUCCAAUCAUAGUUUUGAUUAUAUUUCUGACGAGCUGUGUUGAGUACGUUCCCCCAUCGUACGGCGAGUACGUAUACCCAUCCCUGGCACGUGUACUUGGAUGGGUCAGCGUCGCCCUUGUUAUGUCUCCUAUGUGGAUACAGGCGGUACAGACUGUCAGGGCAGAACAUGGGACAAUAGUAAAUAAACUACAACAAGCACUGUCUCCGUUAUCAAUUUGGGGCCCGUGUGAAGGGGAAUUCGAAAAGGAAUACAAAAUGAAGCAAUCCAAGUUUAAGAACAGAAAUAUAUUCGAUUUAUUCGUUUACAAUUUAUUUGGAAGAGUAAGGGAGCAGAAAGUUGACGCAAAUAUCUACAAGAACGGAUUGAUAUGAGGAUGUCGUACAUUGUAUUUAACCGGAUUUUCAAACUCAAUCAUUUUUUUUUUAAAUAAAAAAAAUCUUAUAAUUCUAAACUAAAAAUUAUAAUACCGAAAAUGUGAAAAAUACUGUAUAUUUAGAGGAUAUUUGUUGAAUUCAGUGUAAGAUCGUAUUUUAUUUCACGAGUGGUCACAGAAAAAAUAUUUUCACGAGUGGCGUAGGGAAGUAACGAAGGGAAGUAACUGCGGUAUAAUCGAUAUGUCAAAGUUACCUCCUCUUCGCGCAAGCAGUCCUUCCACUAAAAAAAAGUUCCACACUUUAUGAAAAUGGUUGUUGGAAUUUGAAUUUAGAUUAAACCCUAGUUCCAUCAACGAAACCUAUCAUGUUUAACAUUUAAUGAGACAAAAAACAAGUAUUUAAACAAAAGCAUUUCGUAAAUAAAAAAAUGUAUCGCGAAGAAAUACAAUUCAAUGAAACUUGAGCAUGUGACAUUUUUGUACAUUCAAAAACAAUUUCAACAGAUUUAAAUUAACAAUGAUGGACUUUUACAAGUGUGUAUUUGUAAAAGCAACGGAAGUCACUGUCGCUUCAGACUCUGGAUCUUACGGGGUUUUUUCGGGGUGAAUACAUGCUCAGUGCAGCCGAAGGAUGUUUUGUUGUUGAGACAGCGAAUUAGUUUCAUAUCUAUUAAAGUUGAAUGUCACAUUCCCGUGUGUUUACGAAGACCCCAGAGGAAAUGUCGAGGAUGUGCCCGAAGAUGCUUUUGAGAGGGAUGCAGCGGUCACAUGUACGCGGUUAGAGUUUGUAGGAAGAAAUGGUCUAUCAACUCUAUUACUAGCACAUGUGGCAAAGUAAAUAUUCAACCGAUACCUACCAAUUGUAACAGUAUUUUCCAUGAAAUAGUUCAUACAUAAAUUGGUAAGCUUGUUCUUUUUGAUAGUUAUAAUCAAUCGCAAAAAAAAAAUGUUUGUUUUAUUAAAAUUAUUGCAUAAAGAUGGACAAAAUAGUCCCGAGUUGUCUGUACAGAGUGGAAUUGAGCAAGGGUUAUCAUUUCACUCGAGCCAGAGUUAUCAUUCAGUAAUAUUUUUCACUCUUUCACCGGUAUGCAUGAAAUAAGUACUGUAUAUUAUACUAUGUUAGUAUAAUAUACAGUACAAAGUGCAUAUUUAUUAAAAAAAAUAUUUUUCAAUAUUUUUUCACAAAAUCGGUAUUAUAAAUUUUAGUUUACAAUUAUAAGAAUUUUUGUAGUAAGUCAUAUCAUAUCAAGAGAUCAAAAAAAAAAAUGUCGGUUAACAGCAUGUGUGUCUGUCACGUAAUUGUAACUUUGAUAAUAAAACUUUAAUAUG